AUGCGACCACAUCAUUUUUUUUGUGGUAACAUGGGAGUGAUGUAUACGGCCAUGUCUGGAUACGAAACAGAAGACGCACAAGCCUACUGGGCAUGCGGUAGAGCAUAUGAAUCAGCUUUUGCAACGUUGACUAAAAAGGUUCCAGGAACCACAUUCUCAGCUGAUAUGCCAACAUCUACUUGGCAUGGUGUCCUGGAUUGCGGCUAUUCCUCUUCAAUUAACGUGGCAGAAAAUAAAAGUUCGCCCAUCGAUUAUUGGAAUUGUGGUAGAACAUAUGCCAGGAAUUAUGCUCUGUCCGAUGCGCUUUCACUGAAGCCAACGAAUAUGUUACAGUACUUUCUAUUAGUAUUAUUUUUUAUCUGCAUUAUACUAUGA